AUGCCUGGUAGCAAAGCUAUAGCAUUUAGAAAUAGCUGGAUUGAGUGUCAUCCAUACCUAACCCAGGAAAAGUUGAUCAAGUACUGUAAAUCCAAAGGAAUUGCUGUGACUGCUUACAGCCCCCUUGGCUCCCCUAACCGCCCAUGGGCUAAGCCAGGGGAACCUGUGCUGCUGGAAGAUCCCAACAUUAAAGAGAUUGCAGUUAGACACCAUAAGACUCCUGCCCAGGUUCUGAUCCGGUUUCUUAUCCAGAGAGACGUGAUCGUCAUUCCCAAGUCUGACAAACCACAGCGCGUUGAGGAAAACAUCAAGGUGUUUGACUUUGAACUGUCUGAAAAGGAGAUGGACAUCAUCCUCAGCUUUAACAGGAACUGGAGGGCAGUUCCAGCGCUCCAAGCUGUCAAUCACAAGGAUUACCCAUUCAAAGCAGAAUAUUAA